AUGACUCUAUUCUUCGUUGGCUAUUUGAUAGCUGUAACAAGUACAAUUGCAUUUAUUGUUGUUAUUUUAACACCAAAAUGGAUUUAUCCAAAUAACUUACCAGUUGACGCAAAUAAUCUUGCAUCACCAAAUGAAAGAAAUUAUCGAGGAAUUUUUUAUGUUGAUGAAGAUUCAGUAGAUUCUUGUCGACCGCCAUAUACUGUAGCAUGUGCGUCUCUUGCAAUAAUUGCUUUAUCAUUAUCAAUAAUUCUUCUUUGGCUUGCUGGUGGUUAUUUAUAUAUUCGUCGCCGACGCCUUAUGCCAAUCGCAGUUAUAUGGAUUGUAAUGAUUACAAUGAAUCGCGAUAUUAAUUUAAAAAAUCGUUGUGAAAAUAUUGGUUUUUCAACAUGGAUUACAGUUGGUGGAAGUGGUGGUUAUUUACUAACUUUUAUAUCAUUUACUCUUUAUUGA